UAUCGAAAAGUUACGAAGGUUACAAAGAUUUUGUAAGCGUCGUAAGAUUUAGUCACUAAAAGUCACAUCACUGAGCCUACGAUUUUUAUGAAGCUUGACCCCUUCUUACUUCUUCGUAAACUAUUUUACGAUACUAAGACAAUUGUUAAUACCCUCAUUGUAUGCGUAUAAAUAAAUACGUAAAUAAAAUACGGCGAAUCAAGUCCGUUUUUCAUCUGAUGAUGCUCAUCGACCGGUUUUGAUUUAUAAUCUUGCAGUCGGACAUCGAAUUUUUGCCAUUUUUUGUUCCAUUGUGGACAAUAGUUACAUAUAUAAGAAUUAUUCGUUCCAAGUCUUCACUUUAAUCUUAUCCUCUAGCCAAGGUUGAUUUGAUCUUCAAAGUUACUAAAAAUGUCUCACCUUGUUAAGUUUGAGUCGAAAUUUUGCAGUUUAGUUUUACUGUUUCUAGUAUCUUUAACACUAGGAAAUAUUAAUUGUACUACGUUUGAGCAAGACACAAAUUUAACUCUGGAACAGAAGGAACUUUUGGAUUUGUUCAGGUCAAGAGUGGCAGAUCAACUACCGGAAGAAUAUAUGAAAAAAGAAAUUUACCUCAUAAAAUGGCUCAGAACAAGUAAAUUCAAAAUUGAUUUGGCAGAGGAGAGAUUAUUUCGGAAUUUGGAAUGGAGGAAAGAGCAAGGAAUGGAUUCGAUUCAUUACGAAGACUGGUCAGACAUGUGGAACGAGGAUUGGCAUUACUUUACCGAAGGGCGGGACAAGUUAGGACGACCAUAUUUGUUAAUCGAAGUCAAAAAUGCUGACACAAGGAAAGCAGUACUUCAAGGGAAAGCCCAGCGAAUGCUUCGUUUUUUUGACAAAAUGAUGGACCAAUUUUGCGGCUUGGUCAGAGAAUCUGGAGAACGUUACGGAAAUAUGACUCGUGGCAUUAUUCUCACCAAUCUUGAAGGAUUUAACCCAUUGCAACAUGCAUGUCUUCGAUGCAUACCCUUUCUACUUCGCCCUGCAGUAGGAUACGCAGAUCACUUUCCAGAAUGUGUCGAUAAGUUGGUGUUCGUCAAAUCACCCAAAUCCGUUGAACAAGUUCUUGAUCUCGGCCGACCAUUUCUCCCAGAAGCAGACAGGAACAUGAUUCACAUUUAUGGCAGAAAUAAGAAAGUGUGGACGGAAGGGCUGAGAAAGGAUUUUGAAAUAAAUCAACUUCCAACAACGCUUGGUGGCACGAGGGUAUUUAAAGGUUUGGGAAAAGAUGUGCAGGACUUUUAAUCAAAAAUUCAGCUAACAAAAAUAAUGACGGUUACAUAUUUACUUACAUAUGUAAAAUGUAGUUGUUAGUUGGAUGAAUAAUAAACAUUGGACUUAUUUAGCAUGUUAUGGAAUGUU